GCCGGCCCGGCGGCGCGCGGGCAGCGGUGGCGGCGGCGGCCCAAGAUGGCGGAGCUGCAGCUGGACCCGGCGAUGGCGGGGCUGGGAGGGGGUGGCGGGAGCGGGCUGGGCGACGGGGGUGGCCCGGGCCGCGGGCCCCCCAGCCCUCGCCCCGCCGGCCCCACGCCCCGCGGGCACGGCCGCCCGCCCGCCGCCGCCGCGCCGCCACUGGAGCCGGGUCCCGGACCGCCAGAGCGGGCAGGGGGAGGCGGUGCGGCCCGCUGGGUCCGGCUGAACGUGGGCGGCACCUACUUCGUGACCACCAGACAGACCCUAGGCCGGGAGCCCAAGUCUUUCCUCUGUCGCCUCUGCUGCCAGGAGGACCCGGAGCUGGACUCGGACAAGGACGAGACAGGAGCCUAUCUGAUUGACAGGGACCCCACCUACUUCGGUCCUAUCCUCAACUACCUCCGCCACGGGAAACUCAUCAUUACAAAGGAGUUGGCUGAAGAAGGUGUUCUGGAAGAAGCGGAGUUUUACAACAUUGCAUCUCUUGUGCGGCUGGUUAAGGAACGGAUACGGGACAAUGAGAACAGAACUUCUCAGGGCCCCGUGAAGCACGUGUACAGAGUCCUGCAGUGCCAGGAAGAGGAGCUUACACAGAUGGUCUCCACUAUGUCUGAUGGUUGGAAAUUCGAACAGCUAAUCAGCAUUGGAUCUUCCUAUAACUACGGAAAUGAGGAUCAGGCAGAAUUCCUCUGUGUUGUCUCCAGAGAACUCAAUAAUUCCACCAAUGGCAUUGUCAUAGAGCCAAGUGAAAAGGCAAAGAUUCUUCAGGAGAGAGGAUCUCGGAUGUAAAUUCCAGAUUCUUAACCAUCAAGAGAACAAGCCGGCAGAGCACCUUGUGAAGUUAAAUCUUGCUCCUGUACAGUAACCGAGCUCCUGCAAGGCACGGCUGAGCCUGGCCCCCCAAUGGAGAAGUGUUCUGGUCAAAACCAAAGGAACCCCUGCCUGCCCCCCACAGGAACCUGAAGACAGACGCACUUCCGGCUGCAGAAUACCUUUUCAGAAACCUGCUUUUGUCUUCUUAGCCAGUGUUAGAUCAAAUCCUUACCACAGCAGCUGGGCUGGGCUCCCAGUGGGGGCCUUUACGGGGGAUGCGGGGGAGGGGAAGAGGAAGGCCUAGCUCCUCGUACAGGCCUGUGCUUCAGGGACGCUGGAGCAAACGCCAGAGGAUCGUCCCUGGGCCGUGCCAUGUUUUUGCCUGGGUGCCACGUUGGACGUUGGCAGCCACUUUGUAACACUAUCUUUCCCCUCUUCCCCGCACCCCACACAAAUGCAGCAGGUGCCAAGGAUUCUAGCUUCAGUUCGUCGAAUUGAGGUCUCGGGUAAAGGAUAGAUCCGCAGAAUACCCCCUAUUCCUGUGGACGAAACCUCUUUGAGGAAGGGGAGGACGGGGUAUCCGUGGUUGUGGGUGGAGGUUGGGGAUCGCCGCUCUGGGUUCGGGGCACUCAGCUGCUACCGUGUUCGUCCUUGCCUCAUCUGUCUCCGGCAGCCCGGACCCUCCAGUAGCUUGCUUGCUCCUCAGGUGGAGGUUAGAGGCAGGCGGCAUCCCACACCUGUCCCACACAGAGGGGCACUGAGGGAGGCCACACCCUCCAUUGACCCAUCUUCCUAACCUGACUUUCUGAACUUGGACCGAAGAUAAAGGGACUUUGGAUCCUCUGAUGGCUUGGGUGGGGACAGCUAUUUCUUUGAAAGUUGCCAAAUGUGUUCUAUUGUAGUAUCCAAAAGUGUCGUUAUUUCUGUGACUGUCUCUUGGAAAUGCCUUGACUGAACGUUCGAUAUUUGUCCGAGUCUCCUGGUUUCUAACCUUGGCAAACCUGCCCCGCAGCCGUGUCCGUGACGCCACGCCAGCCCCUGCAGGGUAUACGUGUUUGCUGGGCAGUCCGAGGACUCCCCGCGUCUCUGAGCCCGACCCUUUGCCAUCACUUCUGUCUGCAGAGUGCCGCGUCCUCGAGAAUCAAGUGCUUGUUUGGCCAGGGAGGGGAGUAAAGCCCUCCUUCGGGCUGGGACCACAGAGCUUGUAUCUGGACCUUCUGUCUGCGCUUUUGAGUCUUAGUGAACAGUCACUGAACGCAAAGGGCUGGAGAAUCCUUGUUCUUCCCUCGAUGACUUUUCCCAGUGUGGCAAAUGGCCCAGAGAAGGGGAAGGCGCCUCUGGGGCACGCUGCACCUGUAACAGCCACUCACGUUGGUCACUCCUGGUUUCCUUCACAGUGAGGCUCCCUCUGCUCCACAGCUCAGUGCUUACUAGGGGGGUCUGGGGCCAUGGUUUUUGGAAAUGACUCACAGACGGUGCCGAACGUCUUAGGAACUCAUGACCUGCCUGCGUGCAGAUGGCAUAACUCUUCUCCGGAUCUCACUUUGACCUUAUCUCUCUGUGUGUAGAGCAGGAUGGAAAUGUGUGUACAGGGGUGUCUGCUGCUCCGUGUGUGUCUACACACCAACGUGAGCGUGCAUGUUGACAUCGGCCCCUUGGACUCUGGCCUGUGCCCACGAUUUCUACAGCUAUAAACAUUAGAGGAACUUCUACCUGCAGCAAAAGCAGUCACCUUUCAGAGACGUCGCAGGCAUCCUCCUGUCAUCUUUCGGAAAGCACGAGAUUGGGCAUGUGGAGGAAAAGCUGCUCAGACCUGAGUAGGACAGAGGACUCUGGAAGACUUGCCCUUUGGCCAGAAAAGUAACAUUUGACUCUAAGGAGGGAAAGCAGCUUCAUUUGGGACCUUGAGCCCAAUCAGAUCUGCUUUCCCUGGGGCAUGCCUGGGCAUCAGCCCGUGCUCCUCGUGCUCUUCGUGCUCCCCAUGCUCUAGUGCUCCUAGUGCUCCCAAGCCUGCACGAAGGGGUAAAGCGAGGCAGGCCAGAGGGCAGGGGUGGGAAGCCCCUCAGGAACGCAUAGUCUUUUCUCUUUUCAGAGCCCCACAGUGGAUCCUGUAGAAAAACUGCUGAGCCCCUCACUCGAUGCUCUUGAGAAAUUAACACAAGUGACAUUUCUGCUCCCCUAGAGGGCUGGCUUUCACGAGGUCCCCCUCCUUCUGGCAGCCCAAUGACAAUUGUUCCAGUGCUCCUGAGUCUGAGGAUGAUUCAGUUCUUAAGGUUUCUGGAAAAGUAUUCGCCCCAGCCCUUUAGGAACCAAGUCAGUAUUUUUUUUUUACUGAAAGCCUUCUGGGAGAACCCAGCUGAUUACUUCGGAGGGAGGCCUGGCCAUCCAUCGGUUUGGGGGUGUCACGUGGCCAGGGACCCAGACUCUCUCCAGCCGCCCAGUGCUGCCAGGUGGGGAGUGUCUUCCUUUUUCGUGUUGUGCCCAGGCCUGAGGCCGCGGGCGACUCAGGCCCAGCUCACAAAGCAGCCUGGCCUCUCCUAGGAGAUGCCACACUAGCACGCUUCUGUCUUUCCUUCAGAACCUGCUUCCUCCUUGGCAAUGAGGCGCAGCCCAACCUCCUCUAGAGCGACUUCGUUUCUGCAGUCUUAACUGAUCUCAGGGGUGUCAGCGAGGUGUAGGGGAGGAAGGGACAGAGAUGCUGGGGGGUGGCCAAGAGGACAACCACAUCCUCCGACAUGGCCUUUGGCGCAGAGGUUAGGGACCAUGCCUGUCACUUGUGGGUAUUGUUUGUUACUGUUUGUGUAUUUGAAUAAAGUCUGAAAUGCUGUGACCUUUUUUUGUCAAUAAAGACAAGAAACAAA